AUGCCUAAAGGACAGCCUUUUGGCUCAUUUUUUCGAGUAAUUCCACUUUUUAAGCGAUCAUUUUCUACUCAUGAGGGUAUAAAACCAAAGUCUGGUAGAACUACGCAUUACGACGUCCUCAAUGUUCCCAGAGACGCGUCAAAGAGAGCGAUCAAACAGGCGUACCUUAAGCUUGUGAAGGAACAUCACCCGGAUAGUAGCAAGAACAAGGAUGGUUCGGAGACAUUCAUUACAAUCAAGGAAGCUUAUGAAGUGUUAAAGGACUCCAAGAAGAGAAAUUUGUACGAUAUUGAACUAAAGAGGAAUGAAGCCCAUGAUAAGUCUCCACUUGGAAGAGCAACCGGGGUUGGAUGGAUCCCUUCUUCAGGCUCCACAGGCUAUAGUAGCGAGAGAUUCGAGAGAUACAAGCGCUAUACUUCUGGAAUCCGUAACGAUGUUGAAGAUGAUCCCUAUGAUGGAAUAAAGACGGUUGCAUCACUGGCAAUUGCAGCUGCCACCAUACUUUUAUUUUGCCUAAUUGGUGGUGAACUCAUCAUGCUUCGACCAGAUGAAAAGAUAGAUGAAGACGAGUAUGCUGAAGAGGAUGUAGAACAUGAACGGAUGGUUAUUUCAUACUAUAAUCCAGUGAAUGAAGAGUGGGAACGCAUAAUUGAGCCUUAUGAAGCUCCACCUCCCCAAAUGUUGGCCGAACAUUACAGAGAGAAGACGGGCGAAUUGCCAGAUUUAGGCGCUAUUAAAACAAAACUAACCGUUCUUGAGAUGCCAAUUAGUUCGACCGUGGCUCCGACUUUGCUUUAUGAUCGCAAUAAGCGCAAAAUUAUUGCUAUAGAAAAGAGGUAA